AUGCAUGGCUGCAAGAAGCAAAGGCUUUGUUCGUGGGACUCUUCCCCCAAUCUUUCCACAGCGGCAUGUGAGUUGAGGGCUGCUACUACAACCUCAAAACUCCAAUCAUGCUUGGCGCGGGAAGAAGCGAGAACAAAGGAGGUUGAAGCCUUCUAUGAGAGGUUGAGCCACCUGCAAAACAAUUUUGAAGUCAGCCCAUGGUACAAACCCAUCAUAGUGAGCGUGGAAGGAGCCAAAAGAACGAACUUCAUCGAGGACCUGGCUGCCAUGUUCCGGCCCUCACCCGUGCGUGUGGCAUCCUCUCCUCCGGCAUCUUUGGGAGUUGUCAGGGGCAUCUUCCAGCAGCUUGGGGGGUCGGCAGCAAAGGCAUUCGACGUGGUGUCCAACUACAUGGCCGUGCAGGAAUGCAAGGAUGUGUGCAUGGCUGAGCAUCAGCCCUUAGUGUUCAUCAUGGAGAAUUUUUGUUCUUCGGCCUACCGUCUUGGGGUGUCUGAGCAUUUGGCCUCUGUAUGGCCUCCAGGUUUACUGAAACCCAAGCUGCAGAUUGUGCUCCGGGAUGAUGAGGAUGCUCAUGCCACAAGCCCAGCAGCUGACUGGGAACAGCUCAUUCUGACCAAGGGGAGCCUCAGCGAGCAGCACAUGCUUCAGCUGCUUAAGGGUGGGAUCAACAAGAAGAUCUUCCCUUCCACUGAAGACUUACAGUCGCUGGGUGCAGAUCCUCUUCGCUAUCUAGUCGAUGUUGCAAGGAAGGAAGGGCUUUUGGGGGACAGAGCAGGGGACAAGACAUGGCAGUUGGGGAGGAGAGGGAAACACAUCCCAUGGUCCUUCCAACUCGCUACUCCCAACCGUUCAUCCGGGGGGCCCCCGGCUCUUCGGACCCUUGGAAUCCAUUCCGUGACAGAGACCGGCUUCAUCUUCUUCACUUUGGGCAGUGCCGGUGGUGCCAGUGGGCAAACAGGUGAGGAGGUUGUUGCCUCCAUGGUGUUGCUGCUUGGCAGCUACCCCUUCCAGCAGCAGUGGAGGGGGGAAGGCAUCGUCCGGAAGAUGAGGGGAUCCACUUUGCCACCUUUUAGCCUGGCCUGUGCCAUGCAGAGGUGCAAGGAACUUGCCCAUGGGCUCGCUGGGCCAACCAAAAAGCGAAGGAGCUUGGAAGACCAAGAGGCAGUGUUAGGCACUCGCCCUGAUGAUACUCGAGAAGGACCUUCCACUGCUUACAUCUUCAUUCCCCGCAGGAUGGAAGUUCUCAUUGCACAUCCGCCAGCUCCGGGAGGGACCCGACGAUGUGAAUGGUGGCGCUUGGCUGAGAGCCGACUCUGGGAGGGCCCCCGGGUGCUGUUGCCCUUCUCCCCAGGUUGCUUAGAGAUGUCUUGGGAGCCACGGGUUCGCAAGGCUACUGUGGUCAUCAUGGGUUCGCAUACGGCAGGGAAGAGUUCUGUCAGAAAGAGGCUGGCUGAGAGAAUGCAGUGGGAAUCUGAUGAGGAGCUAGGUACUUCCAUGCGCGGAGAGAACGAGGAGCAAGGCAAAUACCCAACGGCUUGGGAUGAUGUGCUUCAUCAGGCGGAGGUGGCCCGGGAUCAGGAGCGGAUGAGCACUUCGACCUCCAGGGUGGUGGAGACAUGGCAUUUGGGGAAUUUUGUUUGGGCCAUCACCCGACGUCCCGAGCAACACGGAGAUUUGCUGAAGCGCGCAGUGGAUGCCAUUCAACAGGAACAGGAGGCAACCAUUGUCCUGCUUGUCCUGCUGAAGAUCAACCCUUCUACCAUGGUGAGGAGGAGAGCAACGUUCCAGACUUCUGCCAUGGCUUUCCAAGAUGAGGAGGUUGACGCCUCAAAGCUUGCGAAAGCCACCGGGGAGAAACUGGACCAGAUGCUUGGUGAGCACGACUUCUGUUUCCCUCAUGGCAAGCUGCCGGUCUUGAAGUUGGACAACAAUCAAGACGGAGAGGAAGCUUUGAAUGACACAGUGGACGCCAUUGUCGAUUUCAUCACCCUCUUUGUGUGA